CUUUCAUAAACAGAAAUUUUGAAUUCUCCAACUCCAAACAUCUGCACUAAUCAUCUCGCAAAACCCUAAUCAUCUACUUCCGGAAUAGAAAUGGAGGGUAAUGCGAACGAAGAUCUAAUCAUACCGUUUCUGCAACAAUCUAAUGGAGAAACAGUCAAAGAAGCCAUGGAAGUUGCAGGUUUUCAAAUCGCUGAGUUUCUAGAGCAAGACAUAGCAGUAUGCCGACUUAAAAUCAAGGGAAUGUCAUGCACAAGUUGUUCUGAAUCGAUUGAAUCCUCUCUUUUAAUCGUUGAAGGAGUAAAAAAAGCAGUUGUGGGUUUAGCUCUUGAAGAAGCAAAGAUAAACUACGAUCCAAACAUCACCAACACAAAUCAAAUCAUUGAAGCAGUUGUAGAUGCAGGAUUUGAAGCCGAUCUUAUAGGACCUGAAAUUGAUGCAAAUAAAGUUCAUAUAAAACUCGAAGGUAUCAAUUUCAUAUCUCCACAAGACAUGGUUUCCAUCAAACAAUCUGUAGAAUCGUUGAAUGGUGUCAAUCAUGUUGAAACAAAUACAGAAGAAUGCAGAUUGACUAUUGGUUAUGAUCCAAAUUUAACUGGUCCAAGGUCAAUUAUGUCAUUUAUAUCGGCUAAUUAUCAAGCAAGCUUAUAUAUUCCAGAAAGAAAACGUGAUUCAGAGAGAAACCAUGAAAUUAAAGUUUACAGAAAUAUGUUUUUCUGGAGUUGCUUGUUUUCGAUUCCUGUUUUUAUCUUCUCUAUGGUGCUUCCAAUGAUUCCACCAUAUGGGAAUUGGUUGAGUUACAAGAUUCAUAAUAUGCUUACGAUUGGAAUGGUUUUAAGAUGGAUCUUAUGUACACCUGUCCAGUUCUUCAUUGGUCGAAGGUUUUAUGUGGGAUCUUAUCACGCAUUAAGACGAAAAUCGGCUAACAUGGAUGUUCUUGUUGCACUUGGGACAAAUGCUGCGUAUUUUUAUUCUAUAUACACAAUAAUAAAAGCACUAUUUUCAGACAAAUUUGAGGGUCAAGAUUUCUUUGAAACAAGUACCAUGUUAAUAUCAUUUAUUCUUCUAGGUAAAUACUUAGAAUCCACCGCGAAAGGAAAAACAUCCGCUGCUUUAGCUAAAUUGGCCGAGUUAGCCCCGGAUACCGCUUGUUUAUUGACAAUGAACGAUGAGGGAAACAUUCUUUCAGAAACAGAAAUUAACACGCGGUUGAUCGAAAGAAAUGAUGUUUUGAAGAUUUUUCCUGGGUCGAAGUUUCCUGUUGAUGGUAUUGUGAUUAAUGGUCAAGGGUAUGUGAAUGAAAGUAUGAUCACGGGAGAAGCAACCCCGGUAGUUAAAAAUCCAGGCGAUCGGGUUAUCAGUGGCACUGUGAAUGAAAAUGGUUGCUUGUUAAUCAAGGCUACUCAUGUUGGUUCUGAGACCGCACUUUCACAAAUUGUUCAAAUAGUAGAAGCCGCUCAACUUGCUCGAGCUCCCGUACAAAAACUAGCUGAUCAAAUAUCAAAGUUUUUUGUACCCGCAGUGGUUUUGGCUGCUGUUGUGACAUGGAUGGGGUGGUUUAUUCCAGGAGUGGCUGGAAUUUAUCCCAAAAGUUGGAUACCAAAAGCUAUGGACGAGUUCGAGCUUGCAUUACAGUUUGGGAUAUCGGUUUUAGUUGUAGCUUGCCCAUGUGCAUUAGGUUUAGCUACUCCUACUGCUGUUAUGGUUGCGACCGGUAAAGGCGCGUCUCAAGGAGUACUUAUCAAGGGCGGAAAUGCAUUAGAAAAGGCCCACAAGGUUAACACAGUAGUAUUUGAUAAAACGGGAACAUUAACAAUUGGAAAGCCGGAAGUUGUUAGCGCAAUACUUUUUUCCAGAAUCUCAAUGGAGGAGUUUUGUGACACAGCAAUUGCCGUAGAGGCAAAUAGUGAACACCCCAUAGCAAAAGCAGUAGUGAAACACGCCAAAAACAGAUUACAAAAUCACAAAUCUCAAACUACCAACAGUGCAGUAGUGAAGGACUUCGAGGUGCAUCCCGGCGCCGGAGUUGGUUGCAAAGUCGGAUCCAAAACAGUUUUAGUCGGAAACAAGAAGCUCAUGAGAUCCUUCAACGUCUCCCUCAGCCCUGAGGUCGAAACCUACUUCUCCGACAACGAAAACCUAGCUCGCACCUGUGUGCUCCUCGCAAUCGACGGAAAAGUCGUCGGCGCUGUUGCAGUCACAGAUCCGGUGAAGCCCGAGGCGGCACGUGUUGUAUCCUUUUUACGAUCGAUGAGUAUCAGAAGCAUAAUGGUCACCGGUGAUAACUGGUCAACGGCCACCGCCAUAGCCAAGGAGGUCGGAAUCGAAAACGUGUUUGCGGAAACAGAUCCGUUGGGGAAAGCCGAUAGAAUCAAAGACUUACAGGCGAAAGGGAUGGUCGUUGCAAUGGUCGGAGAUGGCAUCAACGAUUCGCCGGCGCUCGUUGCAGCAGACGUCGGAAUGGCGAUUGGUGCCGGAACAGAUGUGGCGAUUGAGGCGGCGGAUAUUGUGUUGAUUAAGAGUAACUUAGAGGAUGUGAUUACAGCGAUUGAUUUGUCUAAAAGGACGAUUUCGAGAAUCCGGCUUAAUUAUGUGUGGGCUCUUGGGUAUAAUGUUCUUGGUGUGCCGGUGGCGGCUGGAAUUUUGUUUCCUUUCAUCGGAAUUAGGUUACCGCCGUGGUUGGCCGGAGCUUGUAUGGCUGCUUCUUCUGUGAGUGUGGUUUGUUCUUCGUUGUUGUUGCAAACGUAUAAGAAGCCGUUUGCGUACACGAGAUGAUAAACUGUUUGCAUGUGUGAA